ACUCCACUUUCUUUCUCUCUCUUAUACUUAGCUCUUCUCACUCCUCUCUCUCAACUCUCAUCUCCAUUCUUACGCGAUCUCUUCUAAAAUCACUUUCUCCAAUUCGAAUUCUGGACGCUUUUUUAUCUCUUUAUUUCUCUCUCUAUCUCUGCCUCUCAGAAAAAUCUCGGAGCGGGGACAGAGCGAGUGAGAUUUUUCUAGGGUUUCAUUUGAGCUAAUAUCUGAGUUGGAUUCAGCAGGCCAAAUCUGAAAGCGAGCUGUUUCGUGCUCGAUAUGUGACAGCUCAGCACUCUACAGCAAAAGGAAAUAUGCCUUCAUGGUGGAAGUCAUCAUCAAAAGAAGCUAAGAAGAAAGCAACAAAAGAAAGUUUUAUUGACACAUUGCAUCGCAAGUUUAAGAGUCCAGCUGAAAUUAAAUCUCCCAGUAAAUCAGGAGGUUCUCGAAGACAUAGCAGUGACACUGCUUCUGAGAAGGGUUCUCUGUCCCAAGCACAAUCAAGAGCAUCAUCGCCUUCCAAACAUGUAGCAAGAUGUCAAAGCUUUGCUGAAAGGCCUCUGGCCCAACCACUACCACUUCCUGGUCUGCGUCCAGCAAAUGUAGGUCGGUCAGACUCUGGAAUCAGUGCAUCCGCAAAGUCCAGAGUGGAGAAGGGCUCAAAGCCAUCCUUGUUUCUGCCUCUCCCCAAGCCUGCAUGCAUCAGGCACAGACUGGACCCUGCAGAUACAGAUGGAGAGCUUGUCUUUGCAUCUGUUUCAAGCGAGUGCUCUAUUGAGAGUGAUGAUCCUGCUGAUUCACGUCAACGUAGUCCACUUGCAUCUGAUUAUGAAACUGGGAGCAGAACUGCUAUUGGUAGUCCUUCCAGUUUGAUUGUUAAGGAUCAAUCUGCGGCUGGACAAAUUAGCUUGAAAGAAACAACAGGACCAGUUAGUCUUUCGCCAAGUAAAAAUGUUUCCUCUGUAUCUCCUAAAAGAAGACCUUUAAGUAGUCAUGUGACCAAUAUACAGGUCCCUCCUCAUGGAGCCUUUUGCAGUGCCCCUGAUAGUUCUAUGUCAAGUCCUUCUAGAAGUCCUAUGAGAACUGCUGGAAGUGAGCAAGUUACUAGUUCUACUCUAUGGGCAGGAAGGGCUUAUCCAGAUCUUCCUUCACUUGGAUCUGGCCAUUGUUCAAGCCCAGGGUCUGGUCAGAAUUCUGGGCAUAAUUCAAUGGGAGGAGAUAUGUCAGGACAACUGUUUUGGCAGCCUUGUAGAGGAAGUCCAGAGUACUCACCAAUUCCUAGUCCUAGGAUGACAAGUCCAGGACCUAGCUCGAGAAUUCACAGUGGCGCCGUCACACCAAUUCAUCCUAGGGCUGUAGGUGGAGCCUCUGAAUUGCAGUCUAGUUGGCCUGAUGAUGGAAAACUGCAAAGUCACCCUUUGCCUCUUCCUCCUUUGACAAUCUCCAACUCUUCGCCCUUUUCACAUUCCAAUUCAGUUGCAACAUCUCCCUCGGUGCCUCGAAGUCCAGGUAGAGCUGAGAACCUUGCUAGCCCUGGCUCUCGUUGGAAAAAGGGGAAAUUGCUGGGUAGAGGCACAUUUGGACAUGUUUAUGUUGGUUUUAACAGUGAUAGUGGUGAAAUGUGUGCAAUGAAGGAGGUUACAUUAUUUUCAGAUGAUGCAAAGUCAAAAGAAAGUGCAAAGCAGUUGGCUCAAGAGAUUGCAUUGUUAAGCCGGUUGAGGCAUCCAAACAUUGUUCAGUACUACGGGACAGAAACGGUUGGCGAUAAACUGUAUAUCUACUUGGAAUAUGUAUCGGGCGGGUCCAUUUAUAAGCUUUUACAAGAAUAUGGUGCAUUUGGAGAAACAGCGAUCCGUAGUUAUACUCAACAAAUCUUAUCAGGGCUUGCAUAUUUACAUGCUAAAAACACAGUGCAUAGAGAUAUUAAAGGAGCAAAUAUUCUUGUUGAUCCAAAUGGGCGCAUAAAGUUAGCAGACUUUGGAAUGGCAAAACAUAUUACAGGACAAUCAUGUCCAUUAUCAUUCAAGGGAAGCCCUUACUGGAUGGCCCCCGAGGUUAUAAAGAAUUCUAGUGGCUGCAACCUUGCUGUUGAUAUAUGGAGUCUUGGAUGCACCGUCUUAGAAAUGGCUACAUC